AUGGAGCCCAGUUUGUACCGGGUGUCCGACAAGCACGUGUCCGACGUCAGCGUGCGCCGCUACUUGAGCGAAUCGGCCGAGCGCGAGGUCCUCCAGCGCCUCAACGAACAGCUUUGUCACCAGAAACGCGUCACGACUGACGACGUCCGUCUUGCUGUACGCACGGUCGCGAGUGCCAGAGGUACCACGACCAUCCCGUCCGACUUCCCUCCGUCUCGCUGGGUGCUCGAGUUCAAGCGCCUGCAUGGCUUUGUCCAGCCCAAUAGCUUUACAUUUGAUGCCACCGUGGGUCGAAGAGGUGGAAGCGCGGGCUUUAGUCUGCCCAAGCGACUGGAGAGGACGUCGUUACGUCCAGUUCAAGCGCAACUGGAGUCACGACCACGACCGCUGAUUAACCACGACCGCCACCACAGCAUCUACACUAGCAGAUGUAGUAGCAAUAUGAAGAAUGGACACAGCUCCAGAAUUGCUGAGGCACAAGGGCUGUCGAGCAGUGAUGGAGAGGAGAAGGAAGAGGAACGGGGACGAAAAGGAAGCUCUGGCUCGUUGCUGCCUUUGCUGUCCGAGACGGCAGUGACCUAUUCGGGUCCUCGCUCACCAGUCAACCAGGAGGUCCAGCAACAGCAGCAACAAUGUCGGACUUUGGUUGCUGACGGUUGUCAAGCUGCAGUAAACGGGUGGCACCUGCCCAUGAGAGAGUCUGUCGCGACGCUGGACGAGAGACGACACCGGUUGAGUUGGGAUGAUCUAAGCAGCGACCGAGGAUCAACAUCAACGAUGAGCUACCGGUUAAACGGCGACUAUGCCGACGUCGGACCUCGUAGCGGGAACGACGAGAACUUGAUGCUGCCUCAUAUCCGACCAGGAUGUAGUGAAAGCGGCCGAAGUGUGGACGACAUGCAGGACAUGGCGUCCAACGCGUCGUCCUCGUACAACGGCAAGCGCAACUACAAGCUUAGCCACACAGUGCCGGCCAAGACCUGGGAAAAGGCCAUUGCAGCAGUAGAGCAGCGGGGUAUGAGUCUACGGGCAGCUGCCAGGAUGUACGGCGUACACUUUGCAGCACUGCAUCGACGUGUCAAGAAACGGGCACAGGGUGGGCAUGCCAAUGGCAAUGACAGGUACUUCCAUCCAAGCGACGAGGCCGGGAUUAUGCGCGUUGUCGUCGCACACGCAGAACUGGGCGUACUCAUGACAUUUGACGAGCUCAUGCGACUCGUGGAGGCUGCCGCGUUGCGGAAGUUGCCCGACAUCUCCGUGAAGUCGGCCCGGAAGUUGUUGACGCGCUUCCAGUCUCGCAACGCGCAGUCGAUCCGGCACAUAAUUGAUGACUGGCCUCCUCCCCAGCCAGCUGUCGAUCCUAUCGAAGGUAUACAAUCUCAGCCACAACCGUACUUGGAGCAUCCGGGCUUCACGUUUGCGUCCGAGUCUGCUCCUGCAAUGUUGUCGUCUGUUGCAACGGCAUCAAGCACUGGCGCUCAUAAUGGAGACGCUGCUCCUGCUGCUGCUGCUGCAGCAGCAACAAUCACUACAACGACAGGUGCGACUAAACCGGCAUUGCUCGUUUCACCUGGUCGCCACCCUGUACUGUCAAGGAGACACGAGUUGAGCCUCAAUAAUGGUAGACUGCCUGCUUUGGAUCAUCCCAAUAGUGCUCUGUCAGUAGCUCCGAACGACCGGAUGCGUUUUGUCAGUCCUCGCACACGCUCUCCAGGUGACAAUGAUCCCGUCUUGGUUGUCUAA